AUGUCCUCUUUCCUGCAGGAAGAGUCCCAGAAUGCAGAGAGGAAAUGCACCAAGUCGGUGCAGUACAAGAUCUUGGAGAGCCACGUGUCAGACUCCAAAGACUCUCUUGGCAGCUACAAGUUGCAUUUGGAGUCAGAUAGGGCAUUUGGAGAGUCCACCUCGGCCGGGCAGCUCACUGACAUGCUUGGCAAGGAUCCCAUUGCACAGAUGAGCGGUAAAACGGACAAGCUCGCUUCUCGGUUCUACCCAAUAGAGAACAAGCCCAGUCUUCCAGAGGAGAGCCUCAUAUUUGUUGGAGAAACUCAGAAACGAGCUCUUGCAGAAAGGAAGGAGAAGCUUUGCUUCAAAGGGGAAGCUCAGAAUCUGCCCGAGACAGAAUUCAAGAAAGCAGAACAAGCCCAGACUGUGGAAGUUCCCUCCAAGGCUCACGGCUCCAACAGCUCCCUCAAUAAGCCAGAGGAAGACAGCGGUAAGCAGGAGCAGAGCCCACGGGAGUUUUUCAGGAAAGGAUCUCUCAGGCUAAAGCAGCUGCUGAACCCCAAAGGGGAGAAGAAGCCAGAAGAAGACGCCACCCCUGAGAGCUGGAAGCCAGAGAAGCCGAGUGCAGGAGGCCUCAAGCGACUGUCCAAAGGUGACUUCCAGGAGGCGAUAGAGGAAGAGAAGUCUCCAAAGCCGGCUCCUUCCCCCCUUGUCCCCAUAGGCAGCCAGUCCCCUCAGCAUCGGUUUCCUCAUCCACAUCCAAUGUCCUCUACAGCAGCAACCUCCGGGAUGACACAAAGGUCAUUCUUGAGCAGAUUUCUGCUAACAGCCAGAAGAACCGAGCGGAGCUGGCCAGGCAGCUGCCGAGCUCCAGCAACCCAGAGCUGUCCAAGUCGGCCACCAGCCUGGACCACAGAGCUGAGGAGAGAAGCACCGGGAUCCUCCGGUCGGAGAGCUUUGGCAGCCACAGGCGGAAUCUGCAGAGGGACCCUUCGGAGGACAGGGACUCCCUCCUGA